AUGCAGCGCCUCAGAUCACGUCUCAUCGCAAGCCCCAUACGGGCAUCGGCCUCGAAGCAGCAUCCGUCGAGCCUCGCUCGUCCUCUGUGGCGGCCAAGGACCCCCCCUUACUAUGGCCGGAAACUACACUCCCGUGCCACUGAGUACCUCCCGACCAAUCUUCCAGGCUGGACUGAAUCACAGCGUACGGUUCGCGAAGCCGUUGCCAAGAUCUGCUCCAAAUACCUGGACGAGUACUGGAUGGAAAGGGACAACGCACACGAGUUCCCAUGGGAGCUCUACCACGACAUGGCAGACAACGGAUGGCUUGGAAUAUGUCUCCCGUCCGAGUACGGCGGGUCAGAGCUAGGGAUAUCGGAGGCAGCUGUCAUGCUGCAGACCAUCUCAGAGUCGGGUGCCGGCAUGAACGGAGCCUCGUCAGUCCAUAUGAACAUCUUUGGCCUGGAGCCUGUGGCGAAAUUCGGCACGGAAGAACAGAAGGCGAGGUUUCUGCCUCCUCUCAUCAAGGGCGAGGAGAGGGCCUGCUUCGGUGUCACGGAGCCCAACACCGGACUGGACACACUGAAGCUGCAGUCUGUGGCGAAGCGGCACGGUGAUUCCCACUACAUCAUCUCCGGUUCCAAGGUGUUCAUCUCAUCCGCGCAGGUGGCCGACAAAAUCCUCCUCCUCUGCAGGACAACUCCCCUGGAAGAGUGCGAGAAGCCUACCCACGGACUCUCCCUCUUCUACACGGACCUGGACCGCGAGGCUGUCGACAUGACCGAGAUCCCCAAACUCGGGCGAUCGGCAGUGGAUACCAAUGCCCUGUUCUUUGACGGGUGGGAGGUGCCCGCCGAAGACAGGAUCGGAGCCGAAGGAGACGGCUUCAAGAUUGUCAUGCACGGCAUGAACGCGGAGCGCAUCCUUGUUGCGGCAGAAGCGCUAGGGAUCGGCUUUGCAGCCUUGCGCCGGGCCUGCGUCUACGCCAACGAGAGGGUGGUGUUCGGUCGUCCCAUCGGUGCCAACCAGGCCAUACAGCACCCCUUGUCUGAAAGCUGGAUGGCUCUUGAGAGCUCCCGGCUCAUCAUCUACCUCGCCGCCCGCAUGUAUGACGACGGGUACGAUGAUGGCGAGUACGCAAACGCUGCAAAGUUCCUGGCUGCCGACGCAGCUUUCAAGGCCUCCGAGAGGGCUGUCAUGACACACGGGGGCAUGGGGUAUGCCAAGGAGUACCAUGUCGAGAGAUAUCUCCGGGAGUCGGUGCUUACCAGGAUUGCGCCCGUAAGCGCGGAGAUGAUUAAGAAUUACAUCGGACAGAGAGUUCUUACACUUCCCAAGAGUUAUUGA